UUGGUUUUUUAUCUUCAUUUCCAUUACGACUUGCAGACACCCACGACUACAUAUAGCCACGCAGGGAAGAUAUGAUUCUCUGCACCUAACCCUUUAAACCCUAACCCCUCUACGCUUCUUCUUCUUCUCUUGUGAUCCUUUUCUCUGCAAGUGACGAAAAUGGCGUUGUACUCAACAAUCACUGACGCAAUUGCGGCCUCUACGGGAUUAUCUCCGGCGGCUUUCUUCACGAUCUUGGCUCUCAUGAUCGGUGUGUAUCGUUUAGUUUCUGGAAUGUUUGUUGAGCCUGAAGAGUUGAAGCCACAAGAGAGGAGCUUUGUUCCUCCUAUGGAAAUGCCGGUGGUUGCUGAGCCUGUUCAGCUUGGAGAGAUUACAGAGGAGGAAUUGAGGGCUUACGAUGGUUCGGAUCCUAAGAAGCCGUUGCUGAUGGCCAUCAAAGGAAAUAUUUACGAUGUUUCUUUUUCCAGAAUGUUUUAUGGUCCUGGUGGGCCAUAUGCCUUGUUUGCAGGGAGGGAUGCCAGUCGAGCCUUAGCUCUCAUGUCUUUUGACCCCCAAGACCUGACAGGGAACCUUGAAGGUCUGGAACCUGAUGAACUCGAAGUCUUGGAGGACUGGGAA